AUGAAGUGGGCCGCUCUUGGUUUGGCCAUUGUUCAGCUUGGCGCUGCUCAAACCUCCACCAGCUGUAACCCAACGGAGGAAACCUGUGAUGCAAACACUGGUCUGGAUGAGUGGGAGUAUAGCGCAAACUUCGUCUCGAAUUCAGACGCUCUUGCAAGAUGGACUACCUCUGGUGGCACCGUGAACACCACUGAUAUUGGUGCAAAGUUCACUAUUGCUGAGGAAGGAGAAGCCCCUACCCUCACUAGCGACUUUUACAUCUUCUUCGGCCAUGUCGAUGUUACGAUGAGAGCCUCCAACGGAACUGGUAUCAUCAGUACCUAUUUCCUCGAGUCUGACGACCUUGACGAGAUCGACUGGGAGCAAAUCAGUACUUAUUCCACUGAAAUCCAAACAGACUACUUCGGCAAGGGUAAUACGACUUCUUACGAUCGUGACACUAACGUGGACGUCACUACUCCCGAAGAGACUUUCCACACCUACAGUAUCGAUUGGACUGAGAAGCGGAUAGAAUGGCUGCUCGAUGGCGAUGUCGUCCGCACCCUUGAAUAUGCCGAUGCUGUAGAUGGAACCAACUACCCCCAGACCCCGUCCAAAAUCAAGAUUGGUAUCUGGUCUGGUGGUGAUGUUGAGCAAGACAACGAAGGGACAAUAGAAUGGGCAGGCGGCGAAACCGACUUUGACGACGUCCCGUUCAUCAUGUGGGUGGAAUCAAUCAAGGUCAUCAACUAUAACCCUGCGAAGAGCUACACCUACAGUGAUAAGACUGGUGAUUUCAGCAGCAUUGUGCAAUCCAACUCAACCACAUCCAACACGACGUCCUCCACAACAUCGACUGCAUCGUUUUCCACUAGUACCACUUCUAGCGGUACGUCAUCGCACAAGUCCUCAUCUGAAUACUCUUCGUCAGCCUCUUCAAAGGCUUCGUCUAGUUCUGUCUCCACUAGCUCUUCGAGUGUGUCCGCAUCAGCAAUCUCCUCCGGCUCACUCACAGCAUCUACUAGUACCACCAACUCGGCUCCGGUCACUCUAUACUCCUCGUUUUUCAUGGCCUCAAUGGUUGCUUUCGCAGCAGCAAUCUCCCAGUUUUGA